AUGAAUGAAGAUUGGAAGCCAAAAGUAGAUAUGGUUUUCUGUAGCUUUGAAGAUGCUUGGGAGUUCUGGAACACUUACGGUGGUAAGGUUGGAUUCGGAGUGAGGAAAGAUUAUACACACAGAAAAAAGGAUGGUUCAGUUUCUUCUUGUAGGUUUGUUUGCUGCAAAGAAGGCAUGCGAAAGCCAGACAAGCGAGAUUAUAAAACAAAGAAUCCAAGACUAGAGACCAGAACAAAUUGUGAAGCAAGGUUAGGACUUAAGAAUGUGGAUGGAAAAUUGAUGGUGCAUGAUUUUGUGGAGGACCACAACCACGAGUUACUUUUGCCAGAAACAACUCAUAUGUUGUCGUCUCAACGAAAGGUUUCUGAAAUUCAUUGUCAACAAAUUGAACUAGCUGAUAGUGUCGGUGUACAACAAAAGAAAUCAUUUGAUUUAUUGAGUAAAGAAGUAGGAGGCAGAACUAACUUGGGUUUUAUACGUCUUGAUCAAAAGAAUUAUCUUCGGAAAAAAAGAGAAAGAAGUUUGGUACAAGGGGAGGCCGGCUAUUUAUUGCAAUACUUUCAAAGAAAGACGGUAGAAAAUCCAACUUUCUACCAUGCUUAUCAGCUAGAUAUUGAAGAUCAAAUCACCAAUGUGUUUUGGGCAGAUGCUAGGAUGCUGGUUGAUUACAGUUAUUUUGGUGAUGUUGUUUCUCUUGAUUCAACAUAUUGCACAAAUAGUUCGCACAGACCACUAGCAAUCAUCUCGGGAUUUAACCACCAUCGAGGAGCCGUAAUUUUUGGAGCUGCAUUAUUAUAUGACGAAACUGCCGAGUCAUACGAGUGGCUAUUUGAGACAUUUCUAGAAGCACAUAAGCAGAAAAUGCCUCAAACAGUUUUUACUGAUCAAGCCAAAUCAAUGGCAAAAGCAUUAGCCGAGGUUAUGCCUGAAGCUUACCAUGGUUUAUGUACGUGGCACUUGAUGCAAAAUGGAAUUAAACACUUAGGAAAUUUAAUGAAGGGGGAAUCUUAUUUUCUUAGUGACUUUAAGAAAUGCAUGUAUGGUUAUGAAGAUGUAGAACAAUUUGAAGAUGGUUGGACAUCCCUCCUUAUAAAGUAUGGUGUUCAGAAAAAUGAUUGGUUGCAAAGAAUGUACAAUAUAAAGGAGAAAUGGGCAUCUUGUUACAUGAAGAAGACUUUGACAUUAGGGAUGCGAAGCACUCAACUUAGUGAAAGUGUGAAUGCAGAUAUUAAAAAUUUUAUGAGUAAGAACUUGGAUUUAAUUAAAUUUUUUGAGCGUUUUGAAGAUGUUGUAGAAGAAAAGCGGUAUAAAGAAUUGAAGUGUGAAUUUGAAGCACGCCAAAAAAUUCCAAGACUAAAGAACUCAUAUUCUGAUAUUUUGCAACAAGUGUCCAAGCUUUAUACUCCUACUAUUUUCGACUUAUUCCAACGUGAGUAUGAGUUGUUUGAAGCAUGCUUUGUGAAAAGCAUGGACAUACAAACAUCAUCAUCUACUUAUGUUAUUGCCAAGAAAAGGAAUAUGGGAGAAUGGCAAGUGACCUUCGAUUUGGAAAAGAAUACAAUUUGUUGCUCUUGUCGUAAAUUUGAAAGCUUUGGCAGACUUUGUUGUCAUUGCUUAAAAGUCUUCAUUCAUACGGACGUUACAUCAGUGCCUGAGCCUUAUAUUUUAAAGAGGUGGACAAAGAUAGCAAGAAGUAGAGCUUCACAAACUAUUGGUGUUAGUCAUGUGGUAGAAGACUUGGAUUUAUCUCCAGCACAAUGUUAUAAGGAAAUUUGUCCCCGCUUUAUUAGGAUAGUCACAGAAGGAUGUAGAAGUCCAGAAGCUGUUGAGUUUCUUAAGGAAGUUGCUGAUGAAUUGGACGAGCAAAUGCUAAAGUUUCAAAAUAUGCAAAUAAGUAGUGAACAAGUGAAUGGAACCUCUAACAAUAUUAAAAAGAUAUCAAUUACUAAUGAUUGUGCAACACAAGUAAAGGGGUUUAAGAACAACGAAGGUCCAAAGGGUUCAAAACGUUGGAAAGGUUGGGUAGAAACAAAACUGGCCAAGAGAAAGAAACGUGCGAAGUCCAUUGCUUCACAAAUUCAAGAACCUAUGAAGAACAAAGGUAAGCAGGGUUCCAAAAAUAUAAAGAGGCGGGAUGAAGUGUCAAACAUAAGUGCUCCACAAAGUCAAAAGCAAUAUGUUGUGUCCAACACUAGUGAUUUACAACGUCAACAGCCAUUUGCAUCGUCAAUUACAAGCGCACCUAUAUGGCUUAAUAAUGCAUACAAUCAACCAUCUAUGGGAGACGAUGGAACUUCUAGUCAAUUCGGUGUUGCUAGUUUUACUAGCUUAUUGAUGGUGCUGUCAAAUGUCAAUGCAAUUCAUGCUUCAAGGGCUGGUCAUGCACGGAUGUUGGUUGCUAUGGCUUUUGGUUUGUUUUUCUUUCAAACAGUAGUGUAG